AUGCGACGGGAGGGCGCGCCGCGCGUGCGCACAGCGACCCGAGCGGGCUGUCCUUCCGGCUUGUGGGCGGCCUUUCCCGUCAGACCUCGCGGCCGGCGGGGUCAGAGGUCCCUAAGAGGGACGCGGCGCAUGCGCGCUUCUCUCCCGACGGUUGUGAGGGCCUCGCGUCUCCUGGAGCCUCCGCCGUUGCCGUCGUCCCCCGAGCCGCGUCUGGAGGCUCGGCCGUGGCUUCUGGGGGCAUCACUCCCACUCCGGGAGCCGGCCUUCACUCCCGCUCCAGGAGCCACAGGCUCCUGGGGCCUUCACUCCCAACCUGGGAGCCACAGACUUCUGGGGCCUUCACUCCCACUCCGGGAGCCACAGGCUUCUGGGGGCGUCACUCCCAGUCCGGGAGCCACAGGCUUCUCGGGGGCGUCACUCCCAGUCCGGGAGCCACAGGCUUCUCCGGGGCGUCACUCCCAGUCCGGGAGCCACAGGCUUCUGGGGCCUUCACCCCCACUCCGGGAGCCACAGGCUUCUGGGGCCUUCACCCCCACUCCGGGAGCCACAGGCUUCUGGGGCCUUCACCCCCACUCCGGGAGCCACAGGCUUCUCGGGCCUUCACCCCCACUCCGGGAGCCACAGGCUUCUGGGGCCUUCACCCCCACUCCGGGAGCCACAGGCUUCUGGGGCCUUCACUCCCACUCCGGGAGCCACAGGCUUCUCGGGGCCUUCACUCCCACUCCGGGAGCCACAGGCUUCUGGGGCCUUCAAUCCCACUCCGGGAGCCACAGGCUUCUCGGGGCCUUCACUCCCACUCCGGGAGCCACAGGCUUCUCGGGGCCUUCACUCCCACUCCGGGAGCCACAGGCUUCUCGGGGCCUUCACUCCCACUCCGGGAGCCGGCCUUCACUCCCACUCCGGGAGCCACAGGCUUCUGGGGCCUUCACUCCCACUCCGGGAGACACAGGCUUCUCGGGGCCUUCACUCCCACUCCGGGAGCCACAGGCUUCUGGGGCCUUCACUCCCACUCCGGGAGCCACAGGCUUCUCGGGGCCUUCACUCCCACUCCGGGAGCCACAGGCUUCAGGGGCCUUCACUCCCACUCCGGGAGCCACAGGCUUCUCGGGGCCUUCACUCCCACUCCGGGAGCCGGCCUUCACUCCCACUCCGGGAGCCACAGGCUUCUCGGGGCCUUCGCCCCCACUCCGGGAGCCGCAGGCUUCUCGGGGCCUUCACUCCCACUCCGGGAGCCGGCCUUCACUCCCACUCCGGGAGCCGCAGGCUUCUCAGGGCCUUCGCCCCCACUCCGGGAGCCGCAGGCUUCUCGGGGCCUUCGCUCCCACUGUGGGAGCCACAGGCUUCUGGGGCCUUCGCUCCCACUCCGGGAGCCACAGGCUUCUCGGGGCCUUCGCUCCCACUCCGGGAGCCACAGGCUUCUCGGGGCCUUCGCUCCCACUCCGGGAGCCGGCCUUCACUCCCACUCCGGGAGCCGCAGGCUUCUGGGGGCCUUCACUCCCACUCCGGGAGCCACAGGCUUCUCGGGGCCUUCACUCCCACUCCGGGAGCCACAGGCUUCUCGGGGCCUUCACUCCCACUCCGGGAGCCGGCCUUCACUCCCACUCCGGGAGCCACAGGCUUCUGGGGCCUUCACUCCCACUCCGGGAGCCACAGGCUUCUCGGGGCCUUCACUCCCACUCCGGGAGCCACAGGCUUCAGGGGCCUUCACUCCCACUCCGGGAGCCACAGGCUUCUGGGGCCUUCACUCCCACUCCGGGAGCCACAGGCUUCUCGGGGCCUUCACUCCCACUCCGGGAGCCACAGGCUUCUGGGGCCUUCACUCCCACUCCGGGAGCCACAGGCUUCUCGGGGCCUUCGCUCCCACUCCGGGAGCCACAGGCUUCUGGGGCCUUCGCUCCCACUCCGGGAGCCACAGGCUUCUCGGGGCCUUCGCUCCCACUCCGGGAGCCGCAGGCUUCUCCGGGGCGUCACUCCCACUCCGGGAGCCGCAGGCUUCUCGGGGCCUUCGCUCCCACUCCGGGAGCCACAGGCUUCUCGGGGCCUUCGCUGCCGCUCCGGGAGCCGGCCUUCACUCCCACUCCGGGAGUCGCAGGCUUCUGGGGGCCUUCACUCCCACUCCGGGAGCCACAGGCUUCUCGGGGCCUUCACUCCCACUCCGGGAGCCACAGGCUUCUCGGGGCCUUCGCUCCCACUCCGGGAGCCGGCCUUCACUCCCACUCCGGGAGCCGCAGGCUUCUGGGGCCUUCACUCCCACUCCGGGAGCCGCAGGCUUCUGGGGCCUUCACUCCCACUCCGGGAGCCGCAGGCUUCUGGGGGCGUCGCUCCCAGUCCGGGAGCCGCAGGCUUCUGGGGGCGUCGCUCCCAGUCCGGGAGCCGCAGGCUUCUCGGGGGCGUCGCUCCCACUCCGGGAGCCGCAGGCUUCUCGGGGGCGUCGCUCCCACUCCGGGAGCCACAGGCUUCUCGGGGCCUUCACUCCCACUCCGGGAGCCGCAGGCUUCUCCGGGGCAUCACUCCCACUCCGGGAGCCGCAGGCUUCUGGGGCCUUCACUCCCACUCCGGGAGACACAGGCUUCUGGGGUCUUCACUCCCACUCCGGGAGCCACAGGCUUCUGGGGCCUUCACUCCCACUCCGGGAGACACAGGCUUCUCCGGGGCGUCACUCCCACUCCGGGAGCCACAGGCUUCUGGGGCCUUCACUCCCACUCCGGGAGACACAGGCUUCUGGGGUCUUCACUCCCACUCCGGGAGCCACAGGCUUCUGGGGCCUUCACUCCCACUCCGGGAGACACAGGCUUCUCCGGGGCGUCACUCCCACUCCGGGAGCCACAGGCUUCUGGGGCCUUCACUCCCACUCCGGGAGACACAGGCUUCUGGGGUCUUCACUCCCACUCCGGGAGCCACAGGCUUCUGGGGCCUUCACUCCCACUCCGGGAGACACAGGCUUCUCGGGGCCUUCACUCCCACUCCGGGAGCCGCAGGCUUCUCCGGGGCGUCACUCCCACUCCGGGAGCCACAGGCUUCUGGGGCCUUCACUCCCACUCCGGGAGACACAGGCUUCUGGGGCCUUCACUCCCACUCCGGGAGCCACAGGCUUCUGGGGCCUUCACUCCCACUCCGGGAGCCACAGGCUUCUCGGGGCCUUCACUCCCACUCCGGGAGACACAGGCUUCUCCGGGGCGUCACUCCCACUCCGGGAGCCACAGGCUUCUGGGGCCUUCACUCCCACUCCGGGAGACACAGGCUUCUGGGGUCUUCACUCCCACUCCGGGAGCCACAGGCUUCUGGGGCCUUCACUCCCACUCCGGGAGACACAGGCUUCUCGGGGCCUUCACUCCCACUCCGGGAGCCGCAGGCUUCUCCGGGGCGUCACUCCCACUCCGGGAGCCACAGGCUUCUGGGGCCUUCACUCCCACUCCGGGAGACACAGGCUUCUGGGGUCUUCACUCCCACUCCGGGAGCCACAGGCUUCUGGGGCCUUCACUCCCACUCCGGGAGACACAGGCUUCUGGGGCCUUCACUCCCACUCCGGGAGCCACAGGCUUCUGGGGACGUCACUCCCACUCCGGGAUGCGGGCUUCUUGGGGGCGUCACUCCGACUGUGGGAUCCGGGCUUCUCGGGGGCCUUCACUCCCACUCCGGGAUCCGGGCUUCUCGGGGGCGUCACUCCCACUCUGGGAUCCGGGCUUCUUGGGGGCGUCACUCCGACUGUGGGAUCCGGGCUUCUCGGGGGCGUCACUCCCACUCCGGGAUCCGGGCUUCUCGGGGGGCGUCACUCCCACUCCGGGAUCCGGGCUUCUCGGGGGCCUUCACUCCCACUCCGGGAUCCGGGCUUCUCGGGGGCCUUCACUCCCACUCCGGGAUCCGGGCUUCUCGGGGGGCGUCACUCCAACUGUGGGAUCCGGGCUUCUCGGGGGGCGUCACUCCCACUCCGGGAGCCGCAGGCUUCUCGGGGCCUUCACUCCCACUCCGGGAUCCGGGCUUCUCGGGGGCGUCACUCCCACUCCGGGAUCCGGGCCUCUCGGGGCGCCCUCGGGAGCCCGUGGGGUUCACCUUCCCCUUUGCCGAGAACAGGGACGCAGAGCGGACCCGCGCAGACUCUGGGGUGCCGUGACCUCCCAGCUCCCACCCAGGGCGGCAGGGUUUCCAGCUCCACCUGCACAGGCUGCUGGCUGGGACGUCAGGCCGCGGCCGGCGACAGUCGCCAAGGUCCCCUGGCAGGUGCCAGGUCCCGCGCGCGGUGGGGACGGGCUGGGGAGGCGAGAGCCAGCCGGGGUGAGGGGCGCGUGUGCCACGGGGUUUCUGAAGCCGCCGCUGCAGGCCUUUGAGGAAGAGUCUCCUUGGCCGCCCCGGGCCCCGCGUCCCCCCGAGAGACCAGGCUGCGCCCCAGGCGCGCCCCGCAGCCCCACCCCCACCCCGGCGCGCGGAGGCCCCGCCCAGAAGGCCCCGCCCAGGAAGGCCCCGCCCAGAAGGCCCGAACCAGGAGGCCCCGCCCAGGAGGCCCCGCCCAGAAGGCCCGAACCAGGAGGCCCCGCCCAGGGAGACCCCGCCCAGGGAGGCCCCGCGUGCCCCCGAGAGACCCGGCUGCAGCACAGGCGCGCCCCGCAGCCCCACCCCGACCCCGGCGCGCGGAGGCCCCGCCCAGGGAGGCCCCGCCCAGGGACUAGCUGGCGCGCGUCGGCGUGCGUGCUGACGUCAGGGCGGAAGCGCACGCUGCGUGAAGCGUCCGCGCGCGGAGGCGGCCGGGAUAUCCGUCGCGCCGAGGACGCUGGUUAG